UUCAUAAGAAAAAAAUUAGCAGUCGUCUAGAUGUUAAAAUUGGAAAGAACAUAUCAUCCUAAUAAAUACAAGUAUACAACAAUAUAUCCCACGAUACCUCCAGAACACUCGACUCUCUUUUCUUCAAAUCCAAUCCAGCCUGCAAUUCUCACCAAUACACACGAACGAGUAGUCAGUCGUUCAAUCAAACCCUAAAACCCAUGUCGAUCCCUCCAUCUUCUUCAACAUCGCAGCAAUUCACUUACGCAGCAUCGACGUCAGCAACAGUAGCAAACGGCGCGUAUUUCCCUACCCCAUUUCACCUCCAGCAAUCGGAAACUUACCCCAAACCCUAUGUCGCUCCACCUCCUACCGUCAUGGCGCCCGUUUAUGCGCCUGCCCCGAUUGGACCCGUUUACUCCCUUCCACAGUACCAACAGGCGCACCAGUUGUUUCAGAGGGAUGCACAAACGAUCACGCCUGAAGCACUUGAGAGUGUGAAAGCAGCCCUUGCAAAUAGUGAGGUUGAACAUAAAGCAGAGAUUAAAAGGAAAGCAAUUCCUCGUAAAGCUGCUGGCCAGACAUGGGAGGAUCCAAUUCUUGCAGAAUGGCCUGAAAAUGACUACCGUGUAUUUUGUGGUGAUCUUGGUAAUGAGGUGAAUGAUGAUGUUCUUUCAAAAGCAUUUUCGAGGUUUCCUUCUUUUAACUUGGCCAGAGUUGUCAGGGAUAAGCGAACUGGAAAGACCAAGGGCUAUGGAUUUGUUAGCUUUGCUAGCCCUACUGACCUUGCUGCUGCACUUAAGGAGAUGAAUGGUAAAUAUGUUGGAAACCGGCCCAUCAAAUUACGGAAGAGCAACUGGAGGGAGAGGACAGAUUACGGAGCUUUAGAAAGACAAAAGAACCAGAGUCAAAGGAAACCGAAGCUUCCAAAGAAGAGUGUAUUGCACAAGUAAGCGUAAGAAAGUUGCAGCCUCUGUGAUGACAUCUAGGUGAGAUGCCCGGAACAGCAUGCCAUGCCACCUUCAGAUGGGUGUUGGUGUUGCUAAUUUGCUUCUUUUAGCCCCUCCUUUGUGCUGGGGAUAAAGCCUAGCAGUCGUAAAAUUAUGUGAUACAUUUAUGCUAUAUUCUAUACAAUUAAAUCGCAUAAUGGGAAUUUCUCUAUCUUCUCA